CUCUUUCCUUGACAUGAAAUUUGAAAGCUCCCGAGCUAUUUAAUUUCUGUCAUUUGUUGCACCGAAAGAUCUUGCUGAUUUUCAACAGCAGAAUUUUCUGUCUUUUCCUUGUUGUACUAUGUUUGAUGGGCAAUCAUACCGGUCUCAAAACAUUUACUCUUCAUGCAAUGGCAAUUGACUGCGUCUCCAACUUAGCCUCCAUGCCUCACCAUCCGAAAGAUGAAAGAAAUGAUGAGCAGAAGCAACUGGUUUUUGAUGUUUCUGUGCUUAAAUACGAUUCCAACAUACCAAAAGAAUUUAUAUGGCCUGACGACGAGAAGCCUUGCGUUAAUGCUCCAGAACUCCAAGUACCACUCAUUGACCUAGGAGACUUCCUGUCUGGUGACUCUGCUGCCGCAAAGGAAGCUUCAAGGCUUGUCGGCGAGGCAUGUCAGCAGCAUGGUUUCUUUCUUGUAGUUAAUCAUGGAGUCGAUGCAACACUCGUAGCUGAUGCUCAUAAGUACAUGGAUAACUUCUUUGAAUUGCCACUCAGUGAAAAGCAACGGGCUCACAGAAAACUUGGUGAGCACUGUGGAUAUGCUAGUAGCUUCACUGGCAGGUUCUCCUCCAAGCUGCCAUGGAAGGAAACACUUUCUUUUCGCUAUUCAGCAGAGAAAAACUCAUCCAGGAUGGUUGAAGAUUACCUUGUUAAUAAAAUGGGAGAUGAAUUCAGGCAGUUCGGGAGGGUUUACCAGGACUACUGCGAGGCCAUGAGCAAGCUUUCUCUUGGGAUCAUGGAGCUUUUGGCCAUUAGUCUGGGCGUAGGCAGAGCACAUUUUAGAGAAUUUUUUGAGGAAAACGAUUCGAUAAUGAGGCUGAAUUACUAUCCACCUUGCCAAAAACCAGACCUCACUUUAGGAACAGGGCCUCAUUGUGAUCCAACGUCUUUAACCAUCCUUCACCAAGACCGAGUUGGUGGUCUUCAAGUGUUUGUAGACAAUGAAUGGCGUUCAAUUAGCCCAAAUUUCGAAGCAUUCGUCGUUAACAUUGGCGACACCUUCAUGGCUCUUUCAAAUGGGAGAUACAAAAGUUGCUUGCACCGGGCGGUUGUGAACAGCCAUACCCCAAGAAAAUCUCUUGCUUUCUUUUUGUGUCCAAAGGGUGAUAAAGUGGUUACCCCACCAACAGAGUUGGUGGACGCUUAUAGCCCCAGAAUAUAUCCAGAUUUUACAUGGCCUAUGCUGCUUGAGUUCACACAAAAGCAUUACAGAGCUGACAUGAACACUCUCGAAGUAUUCUCAAACUGGGUUCAACAGAGAAACAGCUGAACCGCUUGUUGUCUCUACUACCUAGUAAAGGUGUCAUUACAAAAACAGACCUUGGCAUAUCAUCACUGGCCUCUCUGCCAAGAAAAUGACAUUGAUGGGAAGGGAGAAAAUACUGAUUGAAGAGUUGGGAUUUUCGCUACUAGUUAAAAAGGAAGACAAAAGGCAAAGUUAGAGGAAAGUGCCUUUUUUUUUUAAUGUUCAUGGGGUCAGGUGACAAGCUUUUUUAGUGAUGAACAAAAGGCAAGACAAGAGAUACCAUAAGGAACCCAAUAAAGCGCUCCAUCAGCUAAAUUCUUUGUAUCUCCAUUGAUAAUAUAGAAAGGCUAUCAAUAGAAUUACCUCUCUUCA